AUGGCCGGAGGGGCAGUCGCCGUCCACGAGUCCGGAACCUACCCGGACAUCGAGCGUGAGGGUCUGCACGUGGAGCCCGGGAAGCUGAACGAGAUCACGUACCAACCGGUCCACUGGCAUCGUCUCAACACUCCGGUCUAUCCCUGUCGAGAGGAGCCGACGGCCAUGUCCGGCCAACCGGUCGACGACAAAGACGGCCACCGAGCCGACUCGGCAGCUCGUGGCCGGUUCUCCGACCAGACGGACCUGGUGACGGGACUCGAAUUGCCGUCGCACGUCAACCUGAGCUAUCCCUAUGCCUUCAUGGACCUAGAGAUACCGUAUCGGUACACUCAGGCUCAAUGCAUCCUGCUCCACGCCUUUCAGAUGAUGCGCCAUAACAACGAGAACACCUCGGCUGGCAGCAACAUCACGAGACAGAACGGCUUCAAGCAGUGGCUCAAGUACUACGAGAAGCAGAACCUCUCCGAUGUGGGUGCCUACAGACUCGAGCUAUAG